AAGGGGGAGGCAAGGCAGCGGGUGGGUAGCAACAGUUGCCCUGGUGAGGACGAAGCGCCAUAGCCACGGUAGCCCUGGCGACAAGAACCCAGCAACGAGAAUCAACAACAACAACUGAAUUUGCCAUAAAAAUAAAAUAAGAUAUUUUAUUUUAGGGCAAACGACCGUGGAACCAGAGGUCAAGAUCUAGGCUGAUUGCCAGCUCUCGAUAUGGCCACCUCAGCCUACGUAGGGGAGAUGCAACCGGCGGCCCAGCUUCAGGGCGCUGCUGUGACCGUCGCGCCGGGUCAGCCUGACUCCGCCUCCACCUCUGCGACCGCUCCCCAGUUCCUUGCAGAGAUUCAAACCACCGUGGCUUCCCCCACCGUCGUCACGCCCACCGGCCAAGCUGCCGCCGCCGAACAGGCGUCCUCCAUCGCCUCGCAGAAGCCCGCGGCGGCCGGCAGUCAAAGCCAGACUGCCUCGCAGGUGCAGCCGGCUCAAACGCAGUACGUGACGGCAGAGAUCCAGGGUUCCCCCACGCAGUCCGGAAAUGCUCAAAGCACUCCUCAGUACAUUGUUGUCACAGUCACAGAGGGUUCCCUUCACUCAAGUGACAGUGUGUCCGAUUCCAGCCCACCUCCAGCCGUUGUGCAGACGGGAGUUCCCACACAGGUCGUUCAGCAGGUGCAGACGGCCCAGCAGAGGUCGGUGGUGCAGGCCACUUCCCAGAUAGCAAAGACCGAGCCGGGCACGCAGCUCAGCGUCACCAACCUACAGCCUGUUCAUAUCACACAGGAAGUCCAGCAGCAGCUCGCCUCGGUGCCAGUGCAGCAUGUGUACGCUAGCCAAGUGCAGUAUGUGGAAGGAGGCGAGUCGAACUACACCACCAGCACCAUACGCUCCAGCAGCUUCUCUUACACCGAAACGCCCCUCUAUACCCAGAGCACCGCCGGCGAGUAUUACGAAGGUCAGCCGACGCCGGGCGCGCAGGCCUCGUCCCCCGGCACCAGUCUGACCGUCGCCGUGACUGCCGGCGCCGCGGGCGGGGUCUCCAUGUUCGUGGCCCAGCCCACCGGCGCCGCGGGGGGCGGGGCCACGGCGGUGACCGCCGGGGGCGCUGCCAACGGGUCCGAGGAGGGGGCGGGCACCAACGGCGGCGCCGCGGGCAGCUACGUGAUCCAGGGGGGUUACAUGCUGGGCAGCGGCAGCAACAGCAGCAGCAGCAGCAGCAACGGAGGGGCAGCUGGAAACAGUCAGAACUACUCACACAGCGCCCGCGCCUCCCCAGCCACUGUGAGUAUUACGGAGGGCGAGGAGAGUAGCGUGCCGUCGGCAGACAAAAAGGUACAGUGGUUGCUGGACAACUACGAGACGGCUGAAGGAGUUAGUCUGCCGCGUUCCACGCUCUACUGCCACUACCUGCUGCACUGCCAGGAACAGAAACUGGAGCCGGUCAACGCCGCUUCCUUCGGGAAACUCAUUCGCUCCGUGUUCAUGGGGCUGCGCACGCGACGCCUGGGCACUCGGGGUAACUCCAAAUACCACUACUACGGACUGAGAAUCAAGGCCGGCUCCUCUCUUCUGCGCCUCAUGGAAGACCAACAACACCUGGCCAUGAGACAGCAGCCGUUCUCUCAGAAACAAAGGUUGAAGCCUGUGCACAAAGUUGAAGGCAUGACCAACGGGACGGCGGCAGGAGCGGGCCAGCAGCAGCAGCAGCAACAGGGAUCAGGACACGUGGACAUCAGUACCCAGGUCCAGCAGUACCAGCAGUUCCUGGACGCUUCCCGAGCUCUGCCUGAGUUUCCAGACAUCGACGUCCACGGGAAGUCUCUACCAGAGGGAAUUGAGCUCGACCACAUAAAGAGCUUUCAGCUGCUUUACAGGGAACACUGUGAGGCCAUACUGGAUGUGAUGGUCAAUCUGCAGUUUACACUGGUAGAGACUCUGUGGAAAACCUUCUGGAGGUUCAGCCAAAGUCAAGCUGGAGACACCCCAUUGGCUGUGCACGAUGAGUCGGAGAAGCGCCUCCCCAAGUCCUGCCUGGUGUUGCUGUGCAAGUACGAGCCGGUGCUGCGCUGGAGCCGUGACUGCGACAACAGCCUGUACCAGAGCCUGGUGGAGAUCCUCAUCCCCGACGUCCUCAGACCCAUCCCCAGUGCCUUAACACAAGCCAUUCGUAACUUUGCCAAGAGCCUUGAGAGCUGGCUGACCAACGCCAUGAUGAACAUCCCUGAGGAAAUGGUCCGCAUCAAGGUAACAUCAGCCAACGCUUUUGCCCAGACGCUGCGUCGCUACACCAGUCUGAACCACCUUGCCCAGGCAGCCCGCGCUGUCCUGCAGAACACAGCUCAGAUCAACCAGAUGCUCUCCGACCUCAACCGAGUCGACUUUGCGAACGUCCAGGAGCAGGCGUCGUGGGUGUGCAGAUGUGAAGACCGCGUCGUGCAGCGGCUGGAGCAGGACUUCAAGUUGACCCUGCAGCAGCAGAACUCUUUGGAGCAGUGGGCUGUGUGGCUUGACGGCGUGGUCUCCCAGGUGCUGAAGCCCUACCAGCACAGUCCUGCCUUCCCGAAGGCCGCCAAGCUCUUCUUACUUAAGUGGUCCUUCUACAGUUCCAUGGUGAUCAGGGAUCUGACCCUGCGGAGCGCGGCCAGUUUUGGUUCCUUUCACCUGAUCCGUCUCCUGUAUGACGAAUACAUGUACUACCUUAUAGAGCACAGAGUGGCCCAGGCUAAAGGAGAAACCCCCAUCGCUGUGAUGGGAGAGUUUGCCAGUUUAGGUCGUGGCCUGAACCAGCUGGAUCCCGACAAAGAAGAGGAAGAGGAAGAAGAUGACGAGAGUGAGGAAGAAGGCCAGGAGCUCUCCCUCCCCGCUGACGGGGCGGUGCUCGGAGAGGAGUCUCUGGAACCUCCAGCCAAGUUAGCCCGAACGGAUCAACGCGUCCUCUUCACCACGGGCUCGGCUGACAACUAACCAGCACCUGUUCAUCCCACGCACAGAUGUACAAAAAAAAAACAAACACUAAUUUAUACAUUUGAUAGCUGUAUAUACGUAGAUCCUGUGGAUAUGUGUGAACAUUGUCGCUGCAAACUGUUUUAAUUGGGUGCAAUGCAAUCCAAACUCUCUUUCACUGCUGCUGCCUGGAAGGCAAAAACCACCUGUUGAGUUACACCACAGUCUCCGGUGUUGCAAUAGGAUGCGUGGCUUUAUAAACCAGAAUCCUAAUGCACAACCAAACACAGAGCAUUGUAACUUUUAUUUGUAGGAAUCUGUAAAAAAACAAAAACAAAUAGAAGCUAAAACCAGGCAUGCUUAAUUUGAAUCAUUUCGACCUGUUGCCUAGCUAAAAAAAACAAAACAAAAAAAA